AAACCAAAUUAGCCUUGCCAGUUUUGUUUUGUAAUGUCGCAGUUAUUUGAUUUCUUAAGAAACCUUCUAAAUCAGACUUCAAUUAGAAAACGAAGGAUUGUUAAAAAUGCUAUUGUUAAGUCUAUAACUAAUUGUGUGAAAUUUUCUUCAAGAUCCGAAGCUGUAAACACAGAAGGCCCGCCAAUUCCUAAAUAUCGUCGUGUUUCAAAUCACUUCCCUCGAACUUAUCCACAACGUGCUGAUGAUGAUCCUUAUCAAAAAGUGAAACUUUCGCAAGAAAAGUACAACGAAUAUUUGGAAGAUUACGUGAUGGAACAUCAGAAACAGCAACAGAAGCAAAUGCUUGAAUUGAGUGGCGAAGAAUUUUCCGAUGAGGAGGAUUUAUAUCGAAAAAGAGAGACGCGACGUAUAACAAAUGCACAACCCACAACUUCCAGCUACAAUUAUACAUUUCGUCAAUCAUCAUCAAAUCAAACUCCAAUGUCAUAUAAUUUCAUUCAAGAACAACAACAACAGAAAAGUGAAUCGUCAUAUCGAAAGAAUCGUGAAAGUUUCUUUUCAAAUCCUUUUGAAGUUUUGAAGUCUCGUGAAAUGCCUGAACUUGUACCGAUUGCUAAUAGUACAGAAAUAAAUGUUGCUAACGGAUUUAACUCUAAUGGCUAUGGUAUCCGUAACAACAAUGUUCAACGUAGAGAACGUUCAAUAUUCGACUUUAAGAAGAGAAAUCGGGCAAUCAAUGACUCUCCAAAUUUUAAGUUUUCAGGUUCAGUUUUAUCGCGAAAUCACGAUCUAGAAAUCAAGAAAAAAUAUGAAAAUUUACUUAGAACAGUAACAUCAGAUUUCCAGUUUAAAAAAAAAAUUUCAGACACACAAAAAUCGUCAAUGAAGAAACAGAUGAAAGCGCUUGCUGAGCCGAUAGCAACUGUUGAUUUGUCAUCAGAUGAUACUGAGACAAGCGGUGGUCAUAUCACAAAACGAGAACCACCAGAAUUGCGACGUUUUUCAAGUAUCAGAAAUUCUUUCGAUUUUAAAAAGCCUGAAGCAUAUUUUGAGUUGAGCGACGAUGAAAAUGAGCCAUUUGGAAGUGAUGUCUUGUCUUCAACUCGUUUCAAUGAUAGGAAAAAGGAUUAUAUUGACAGAAACAGAGUUUCUGAUCACAACAAUCAGUCACAAACUUCGUUCAGAACUUCCACGAAAAUUCCUGAAAUUACACCAGUAAACUCUUUAAAGGAACGACAAGGAAUUCGCGAUUGUAUGCAAGAUGACGUUAUUCAAAACAUCAUUGAUAGUUAUACUAAGAAGAAGAAGGAAAAGGAUUCUCGAAUCCAAGAAGAAAUAAAUGAAUUAUCUCGAAUCUCCAAAGAUACAACAGAACAUGAAAAACUUCUUCAACGACGUCUUGACGAAGCUAUAACAUCUCUCGAUAAAUGCAUCAUUAUUGAUGAAGAGGAUGAUGUUGCAGAUGAAUUUCCAGCUCUUUCACGUCGUGAGCUUCAAACUAUUCAAUUUGGACUUCAUGGUCCACGUGAUGAAGUCUUAAUUAGUAAAUUCAACAUGAACAUAACUCGCCUAGAUCUCCACACACUCGAUGGACUAAAUUGGCUCAAUGACGAAGUUAUAAACUUUUACAUGGAACUUAUCAAAGAACGAAGUCAGAAAGUUGAAUAUCUACCGAAAGUUCAUGUGAUGAACACAUUUUUUAUUGGACAACUAUUGAAAAUGGGAUACUCGGGUGUUCGUCGAUGGACAAGAAAAGUUGAUAUUUUUGCUCAUGACAUUAUUCCCAUUCCUGUUCAUGUUGGAGGUGUGCAUUGGUGUAUGGCGAUUAUUCACAUGAGAAAUAAAACCAUUCGUUAUUAUGACUCCAUGGGGCAUCCAAAUAACGUUGUACUACAGGCUUUAGAACAAUAUUUGAAAGAUGAAUCAAUGGAUAAAAAGAAAGUGGCCUUUGAUACAAGCGAUUGGAGUAUUGAAUCCAUAAGUAAAUAUGAUAUUCCCCAACAACAAAACAGUAGCGACUGUGGAGUGUUCAGUUGCAUGUUUGCUGAAUUUAUUUGUCGUGAUUCAAAAAUAACUUUUGAACAGAAACAUAUGCAUUACUUCCGUCAAAAGAUGGUCUUUGAAAUAGUAACUGGCGAAUUAAUUUUAAAAUAGAGUGAUUCUAAAUCAUCUGGUAAAUUAAAAUAGGUAAUUCACAUGUUUCAUGAUGCAGGAAGGAGAUUAAUUUUUAUUUUUAUAUUUUCCAUUAAAUCAUAAUUUCAUAUUGCUAAGUAAAGCAUAAUAAUAACAAACAUGAACUAUUUCUCUGUUAAAAGCCAGUUGUGAAGCAGUAGAAAACUCCUACAUAAGAAUAUAAUUAAAUAAAACUUGGCAGAAUAAAACA